AUGCGCUUGUCUAGCACCGCAUCGAUCGGCGCAGAAUCAUAUAUGACUGAAACAACACUUUUAUAUCGACCUUACGGUGAAGAAGAUGGAGAUUACUUGGAGUAUGACCGAGGCUUAAGCGUCAUAGUUCCCGAAUGGUUCAGCUAUCAUGGCCGUGUCUUACACUUCCAGGAGGCACAACUCCUUCGACGCGUCGUCGGCGGGAGCAAGCAAUUCACAUCAGGCUGGUCACAGACACGUAAGUUAUCGAAGGUCAAGUACUAUCCUUGGGCACUAGCGUUCAGAUGCUCAGCAUUUUGCGUAUACAUUUAAAUAUCUGUGUCUGAAAUGCCUCCAAAGGUGGUACAAAUUUGGCGACACAAAAUGCCCACUCCCAGGUCCGAAUACAUAAAAUCCUCCACAAUAAUCGCAUAAUGGCUAAAUGAACCAGCGAAGCUCAUAACGUAUUUGCUGAAUAGCUCGUUGUAUAAAGUGCCUUUGCAUACCUUCACGUCUGCCUCUAACUUCGUACUCGAUCGUCUGAACUAGAGCAACUGUGGCUUAAUUGGGUGGGCCAUGCUUACUCAAGCUGGUCUGAAAAUGAACAACCUACUGGUGUAAUUAUUAUCCGAAACUGAACUAUUACUCAUUUCUAGAAACAUUGAAGAGAAAUGCCAGGGCUAACAAAUUAUUCGUUUAUGGUUUUCAAUUUCAAUGCUGGACUCACCUGAAUGAACUAAACGCCCUGCCCAAUAUUAUUCCAUUUUCCAAGGGAAAGACUGCGCUUGCAUACAAUGAUGAUCUGCGACUCGUUACAUUGUAAACGAAUCCUGUUUGGUUUUUCUACUGAAACAUCUAGAGAGCGCAAACCCAAAAACCAUCCCUUCUCCCGUUUAGGCAAAAAUUUGCGGGAAACCCAGAAAGUUGACCUGCAGAUUUACAAUAUAUUCCUCAAAACCACUACAGGAAACCAAUAUGUCUAAGAUCGUGGGAGUCAACAGAAGUCAGUAGUCCUACGAAAAGCGAAGUCCGAGACGAGGGUCUAACAUGUUUGGGCCAGAUGCAAAAAGUGAUAGACCACUAAGCUAGAUCUGCAAAAAAACCUUAUUCCAGUAAAAAAUAUCUGAAACUACGUUGGUGCGUCGAAAGUGUCUUGGUCGGUUUACAUAGGUGAUACCUGAGUGAUUUUUUAGUUGAGGUUCCGACAAGAAAAACGCAGAGAGUUGAUCGGAGCUUAUGUCUCAUACAGUGCGUGACUGAUCUCAUGAAAUGUUUAAUGAAAUUAUGGAAUGCGUUUUCGAUUAGGAAGAAUCACUUAAAUGGGGUUGUAAUACUGAUUAUCAUGCGAAAUAACCUCAUAGUAUUUCAGAUUCAUCAGGGUGUCGGCUCUUGAUUACACUUCUUUUUGGCCUCUUGCAGAAACCACACUUGGUAAAAAAUUAAUUAAGUAGCAGGCAUUAUUCCUAUUGAUUUUCGAUGUAUUUUUAAAUCCAAAUGUAUUUUAUAGAAAACACGCACAAAAUAUGCUUCCGUUUACUCAUGCGGUAGAAAAUCUCAUUGUCGUUAUAUUUAAUACCCGAAGAAAGUGUACAUUUAGGUUUUAAAAAGGCUUCUAAUUCCCGAAUAAUUUUGAGCCCUAUCUGCCAUUGCAUUAGCGUUUAACGAUUUAAGUCCACAAGGUGCAUGCUUUCCGCGUAAGGAAGAUCAUAUAUUCCUCUAUGUUGUGGCGGUCAAGGAUGUGAGAUCAACUUAAACCACGCGCAAUAAGUUCGUUUCUUCUAAUGACAGAAGUCAGGGAGCUGUGAGGACUAGUUUAUUCUGUACACAGGGCAGGUUGCCGUAAGUUGGCUGUUUGCUUGCAACAGAGAUAAGCGUCCGUUCACGGAGAGCGUCAGUCACGGUGUGUAGUUUACGCGGGAAUUAAAGUCUGUGUCAGUAGGUGGGGGUGACUGGUUGGAUGCUGAUCAUAUGAUUGGACGGAUUAGGGGAGGAUUAGGGGAAGCAUAAUUACAGGGGCUUACGGGUAUCAAGCCAGGUCGUCCGACGCGCAUGAGGUGAUAAUUGUUUGUGGGGGCAGCCGGGGGUCACUGCAGCUGGACAGGAGGGGGGGCCCAGUUAUAAUCGGCGGGGGUAGUUGUGUGUCAGCGGCCUGGCAACGAUUGUCGCGGCCAUCGACCGACAAAACGGAGCCGGAGAAAAGGAGAACUGGAGCGGCUGCUACAAUGUCUUUAAGAAGAUAUCAUAUGGAGUUAAUGAAAUUCUGUGAUGGAUUUUGACUAUGUUGCACAUCUCAUGAGGAGCUUUGUAAACGAACAUGCGCGACGCUGUAUAUAUGGACACCACACAGUCUUAAAGAUCUCAUAAUUAAAAACUUUUUUAAAACCCAAAUAUGCACUUUCUUCGGGUAUAAAAUAUGACGAAAAUGUGAUUUUCUACUAAAUGAGUAAAAUAAAGCAUACUUUUGUGCAUGUUUUCUAUAAAAUGCAUUUGAAUUUAUAAGGCCAUUGAAAAUAAGUGUGAAAAAUGCAUGCUACAUAAGUAAUCAUUUUUUACCGAGUGCCAUCCCUUCAGAAUGUCAAGAAGGAGUACAUUCAAGAGCCGACAUCCUGUUGAGUCCGAUAUACUAUAGUAUUAUGUUGCAAAAUAAUCAGUAUUACAACCUCACCUAAGUAAUCCUUCCUACUCCAAAACACAUUUCAGAAUUUCCGCCAACAUUUCAUGAGAUCGAUCACGCACUGUACAUCUUCUUGUGAAAAUUAAGCAAGUUUACCUUCUAACGAUGCAAUAUCCUUCUCACAGCAGGGCGCUAGAAACGCAGCAGUCAGUUAGCUCUUCUAUUAGCAAAGUAUCGAAUUCAGAUGAUUUCGUGUCAGUACCAAGCCAUACAUGAGCCUCCUCCAUUUGCGGACCUUUUGAGUGUUCACUUAGGCCGGCGGCACCGGUCGUCGUAGGAGGGGGUGGGGGGGGGGCAGAAGCAGGAGGAGUAGCAAAAGAGGUAUAAGCGAGAGUGAUGAGAGAAUUACAAACCAGUCCUACCAGCUGACACAUAAGGGGCUCUCUGUAGAAACCUACAAAAACCCGAAAUGCAAUCGUAUUUUUCAAAUUACCCUUUUUGCAACUAAUUGUCCAGACGCAAUUAAAGGCCAUAUGCUGAGACGGGAUGGAUGUAAACGCGAAAGAAAACUCCUGGAUACACCGUUAGACGUCCCACUUAACCACACAUAGUUAGACUGCGUUUCCUCAAGUGAAGUAGCAAAUGCGAAAGUGUAGCAAAAGAUGUGGACACGGAACUUCGUAUCUGAAACUGACAAUUCUCGUGUUUUCUCUGUUUCAGCCUGUGGCAAAAAUGAAAACUUUAGAGUAAGCCCUAAUUCUAAGCUCAUCUUCGCUGUUGGAGACUACCUAUUCUGCGAACCAACAACUGACUGUGUGCCACUCAAUCUCAAAUUGUGGAUAUCUGAACCGCGAACAGAGAAGCCCAUUAGUGAAAAAUUCACCGUUGCCGCAACCACGCCGUCACUCCUCCUCCGUCAGGAGAUGGCAGGUUUUUUCAAGGCAGCCUGCACCUACUCCGUGGCUACGACGGUAGCUGACGCUGAAACAAAGACUAUUUUUCUAGUAACGCCACCCUACGAUCUGCAAGUGCAGGGCGUCGCUGAAGUGAUACAGGCGCCGAGCGCACUGGUCUGUUCCGCCAAAGGAUAUCCCGUCCCGAUGACCCAGUGGAUCCAGCUAGAAGGACCCUCAAAUCUCCACGUGGACGGUUACGGCCGUCUAAUCAUCCGAUCCUGGGAUAUGGCGGGCAGUUACAGUUACUUGUGCAGGGUAUCCAACUCGGAGGGCCAAUUGCAGACCAGAAUAUCCUUCAACUUGCAGAACGCAUUUUGGUUUCGAAUGGCCAAUACUAACCAAUUCACUUGGGCUAUUCAAGUGGGAUUGCUGACGUUUAUUCUGUCUACUGCGCUCGCUUUACCCUUCCUCCGGCUGGGAAAUAUAAGGUGGUAUUAG